UGUCCGCCGGAGGGGAACUCCACAGCUGCUACGGGUGUGGCUUAUAAACGUGAUAAGUCUUAACGAAGAGAAAAAUGCAUAACGGCAUUCAAAGUUAGAACACCUAGAUUUAAACAAGGAAACACAAUCGCUUCUUCAUAGUGGUUGUAAAUUUGGUUUCGACUGCAAAUUGAAAUCGGAAAUCAAUCCGUAAAUCUGCUUCGCCGUCUUAACAGCUGGAAUACUUUUGCUGAAGUUUUGUGGAUUUAAAAAAAAUAAUACUUGCUGUAAAUGCGAUGCUGUUCUUGGAACGUGAACUUGACAGAUCAUAUUGACGCGCCCUCAGAAGUUGUUAGCCUACUGUUCAAAGUUUGUCUCCACGUAAUGACAAACAAAUGGAAAGCAUGUCACUGGAGUUUCAGAAAUAGUCAUUAAACGUAGUUUUGGAAUAUUACUAACGAGGGAAAAUCGCUAUAUAAAAUUUAACUGGCACUACAUCGAAUAAAUAAAUUGUUGCCUGUUCGUGAAUCGAACUUACAUUCAAGCCGUUUUUCCUCAAAGGGGAAGUUGCAUUUCUCAACCCCACAACACUGGUCUGGGAACGCUUUUUAUUUUCAAACGCUCCCAGAGGUACAGACCUUAAGUAGGCAAUAUUAUUUUUUCCCCUUGAUUUUGUCCAAACAGCAGCAGUCCUGAAGCGUGCACUUGGAACCAUGGGGUGUACAGUGAGUCAGGAAGAUAAAGCCGCGGCUGAAAGGUCAAAAAUGAUUGACAAAAACCUCCGAGAAGAUGGAGAGAAAGCGGCGAGAGAAGUGAAACUGCUCCUGUUAGGUGCUGGAGAGUCGGGAAAGAGUACCAUUGUGAAGCAGAUGAAGAUCAUCCAUGAGGCUGGCUACUCAGAAGAGGAGUGUAAGCAGUACAGGGCUGUGGUCUACAGCAACACUAUCCAGUCCAUCAUGGCCAUCAUCAAAGCCAUGGCUAACCUGAAGAUUGACUACGAAGACCCCGCUCGAGCGGACGAUGCCCGCCAGCUGUUUGCCCUGUCGGGGGCUGCCGAGGAGCAGGGUAUCCUGCCAGAUGACCUGUCCAACGCCAUGCGCCGGCUGUGGGCUGAUGGGGGAGUGCAGGGUUGUUUCACGCGUGCCCGCGAGUACCAGCUCAACGACUCUGCUGCCUACUACCUGAAUGACCUGGAGAGGAUAGCCAAAGCAGACUACAUCCCUACCCAGCAGGAUGUCCUUCGGACCAGAGUCAAGACCACAGGCAUCGUGGAGACUCACUUCACCUUCAAAGACCUGCACUUCAAGAUGUUUGACGUCGGCGGCCAGCGUUCUGAGAGGAAGAAGUGGAUCCACUGCUUUGAGGGUGUCACAGCCAUCAUCUUCUGCGUGGCCAUGAGUGCCUAUGAUCUGGUCCUGGCUGAGGAUGAGGAGAUGAACCGAAUGCAUGAGAGCAUGAAGCUGUUUGACUCAAUUUGCAACAACAAGUGGUUCACAGAAACGUCCAUCAUCCUGUUCCUCAACAAGAAGGAUCUGUUUGAGGAGAAGAUCACCCACAGCCCCCUGACCAUCUGCUUCCCAGAGUACACUGGUCCCAACAAAUUUGAGGAGGCUCAGGCCUACAUCCAGACCAAGUUUGAGGACCUGAACAAGAAGAAGGACACCAAGGAGAUCUAUAGCCACUUCACCCAAGCCACCGACACCAAGAAUGUGCAGUUUGUCUUCGAUGCUGUCACCGAUGUCAUCAUCAAGAACAACCUGAAGGACUGUGGUCUGUUCUAGUGCUUGAGGAUGACUCAAGAUUACUUGAACAGCUUUGAUGACCGGAAGUAUGGCUAUGACUGCACUGGCAAACCACGAUUUCUGCUUCGAUCUGCUUUUUUAUAAAGACACCUAAGAGACUAAGAACGAGAACUCUGAGAGCCUUGCAGAAUUUCAAAAUUUUCUGAUCCAGUUUCUCUUAUUGUUAACUCUUUUGGGCUAUGACCACAAAAUCAGAUAUUUAGUAUUGUAUUUUAUUAUUGUUGUUGUUUUUUCUUCGUUUAUUUUCAAUUAUUAGCGGAGGCCAUGAAAAUGUUUUUAUAUAAAUGCAUUCAUUUUAUGUUCUGAUGUGCAAAUUCUAUUACACUUUUAAUCCCAUAAAGCUUAUUUUUUUAAGGAAGCAUUGGCAUGAAUAUAGAAUAUGAAUUGGAAAAGUGUUUUUAUCAUGUUUACAUCCGUUCAUUAUUCAUAGCCAAACCACAUCUUGUUCCUGCAUGAGUCAAUAUGUUGAAUAUAGUAGCUCUGUAAUCUGCACAGAUUAUUAACAUUCCUUUUGCAAAAUCUAAAUAUAAAAAAUGUAAAACAAAAAAAAGCUUCACAAACAGGGAAAAUGGCAACAUAUGUACCUAACAUUCUGUUCAUUUUUUUAAGUACCAAUUCCAUGUCUUUUGCAGUAGUAUUGUGCCUUGACUUCAGUUUACAACCCAUUCCUAGAUUAAGCUUUGUUUCAGCUACUGUAUGCCUACAUUGUUCUUUUGUUUCUGUCAAACCAUCUUAUGGAGAAAUAGUGAUUAAUAAGACACAAUCUAAUUGAGACAAAUGUUAGUGUUUUUGGUAAAUAUAUGAAAAUGGUCCUUUAUGAUGAUUUAAUUUAAAUAAAAGUAGAGAUCACUUGA